GUGUGCGCGCGGAAUUUCUUUGUUGACGUCCAGGUUCAGCAUUAGUUAGCAGCACAACCCGACUGGGUUUACCCUUAGAAACAUUCACUAAAUUCAGUUUGUUAACACAUAUUUGGGUAAUAAUGUCGAUUUCAAACGAGUCGGAUUUUCCACCGAACUUGUCAUGUCUGAAAACUAUAGACACUUUGCUCCGAUGUCCAAUUUGCUUUGACUUCUUGAACAUAUCCAUGAUGACACAGUGUUCUCAUAAUUUUUGUUCCCUGUGUAUUCGAAAGUUUCUUUCCUACAAAUUAUUGUGUCCUGUUUGCAACACUCCAAUGACAGAACAAGAUCUGAGGAACAACCGGAUUUUAGAUGACAUUGUUCAGAGCUUCCAAACUGCACGGCAACAGUUGUCGCGGGCGAAUUUUGACUCUCCUCCAAUUUCUCCCAAGACCCCCUCUGUGGCUUUGAAAGGCAAAGCAGCAAGACAGAAGUGCCCCAGGAAAGAGGGCACCCCUCUGACGCACUUUUUCCACAAACGAGCCCCCAUGACCCCCUCAUCAGGGGUACAGGCAGACCCCAUGCUUCUCCGCCCAGUGAAAGAGGAGCCCAUGGAGGUGUGUGUGCAGGUCCUGGGAGACCUCAAGCAGGAGAGGACUGAGGCUCAGAGUGCAAGGGUGAAGGAGGAAAAGAUGGAUGUGUCUGCUUUUCCCUCUACAUCGCAGGUUGCUAAUCCUGUGGUCAAAGUGGAGUGUCCAGUUUGUGGAGUGGGCGUGUCUCAGCAGCACAUUAACAAACAUCUGGAUACUUGUCUGAUGAGAGGGGAGAAGAAGGAAGGCCUCAGAAGGUCUGACCAGCUAGGCUCUCCCAGUUCUGCAUUUGUAGUGCCCAACUCUGGAAAGCGCAGGCCAAUGGCUAAGGUGGUGUACACGCUGCUGACUAUGGCUGAACUCAAGAGAAGGCUAAGAGAGUGCCACCUACCUACCCAGGGCUCCAGAGAUCAGCUCAUCAGACGACACCAGGAGUUCACCCACAUCUACAAUGCACAGUGUGACUCACUGAACCCUAGAACAAGUGAGGACAUUGCUAGAGAAGUUCAAAACAAUGAGAAGAUAAGGAAUCAACUGGAUACUAAAAGUAAACCUGCAAUAGCCAUCACAAAGAACCAAACAGCUGAAGAAAUUGAACAGUUGCACUCAAACUACCGAAAACAACACAGCAGUGAGUUUUCCCGUCUCAUCGCCCAGGUCAGAGGUCGUUUGGAGACGUCUAGAAGGACCCAGAUAAAGCAAGAAGCAGGGAAGUUAGUGGAGGCAUCAUGUUCAGGAGGUGCAACAGUCCAGAGCUCUGCCCAGACACCAGUUUCCACAGUGCUGGAAGUGGCCAAUCAUGAGAAGACUUCAGUUAUAGAAAUUACAUCAAGGUCACCAAGUCCCACCCUGAGUGAAGUGUCAGUCAGCAGCUCCAUUUCUGAUGUUUUCAACUGAGGACCUUGUAGAAGCGUUCGGAAGCCCUGGAGAACGGUCCAAGAGGCUAACGCACAGCCACAGGCUCCGGGGAGUAAUAGACACUGUACCUGCAGGUGAAAUGCACUCACUCAAAGCUGAACUUGGUGGAAAGAACCAGUAUGACUCCUGGACUCAAUUUAAAGUGAAUGAUGGAGCUUUUAUACCUUCAUGUAAUGUCUGUUUUCAUUAUGGGUUUUGUACAUAGUGGAUUUUUAAAUAAAA